AUGGAAGACUCCAAGGUCCCCCUCCACUCGUCCCAAAAAACCUCCUGGAAGCAAUGUCUGAACAUCCUGGGUGCCUACCAGUAUGUGCUGACCUUCCUCUUCAUGGGAAUGUUCUUUACCUUCUUCACCAUCUUCCUCCUCUUCAUGCCACUCUGGUCACUGUCUGUGCUCUAUGGGGUUUGGCUGAUCAUCGACUGGGACACACCCCAGCAAGGUGGCCGUAGCUCCAAAUGGGUAAAGAAAUGGAUCAUUUGGAAGUAUCUGAGAGAUUACUACCCCUGCAAGCUGGUCAAGACAGCUGAGCUGCCCCCUGACCAGAACUACAUACUAUGCGGGCACCCUCAUGGCAUCAUGUGCACAGGCCACGUCUGUAACUUCGGCACUGGGAGCACCGGCUUAUUCGAGCUCUUCCCAGGAUUGCGCUUGAACAUAGCCACCCUGACCAUACUCUUACACCUGCCAGUCUAUCGGGAUUACAUCAUGGCCGUAGGCAUGUGCUCUGUGAGCCGCCAGAGCCUGGAUUUCCUGCUGUCGAGUCGCCCCUUUGGGCAGGCCGUGGUCAUCUUAGUGGGGGGAGCCCAGGAGGCGCUGGACGCCAUCCCCGGGGAGCACCGUCUGACACUGCGCAAUCGCAAAGGCUUUGUCCGCCUGGCUCUGAGGCAUGGGGCCUCCCUGGUGCCUGUAUACUCGUUCGGGGAGAAUGAUAUCUUCAGGCUCAAGAGAUUUGAGGUGGGCACCUGGCAACAUACGGUGCAGGUCGCUUUCAAGAAGAUUUCAGGCAUCUCCCCAUGUAUCUUCUUGGGGCGCAGCCUCUUCUCCCCGAAUUCCUGGGGGCUGCUGCCCCUGCCCAAGCCCAUCACCACUGUGGUGGGCCGCCCCAUCCCGGUGCCCCAGGUGCACCAGCCCUCUGAGGACCAGGUGAACCACUACCACCAGCUCUACGUGAGCGAGCUGCAGCAGCUGUUCGAGGAGCACAAGGCCAGCUAUGGGGUGUCUGCCUCUGUUCAGCUCACCUUUGUUUAG